UCGUAUCAUUCUGAUUGCGUUGCAUUAAUAUCGUCGAAUUUGUUAUAAUUUUUCGGAAAUUCUUGCAUUUUUUCAAAUAAUUUCUGUAAUUUUAAGUUUGUUUUUAUAUAGAUAAUGAGCGUUGUAAACGUUCUAACGCCGAAUGGAAGACGGCAAAAUGUGAAGGUGCAACCAAACACCGCAAUUUUGAAGGUUCUAGAGGAUGUAUGUGAAAAGCACAAAUUUGAUCCGAAUGAAUAUGACUUGAAACAUCAUAAACGCAUUCUCGAUUUAACAACAUCGUUUCGAUUCUCCGGUUUACCAAAUAAUGCGCAAUUGGAAAUGGUCGAAGCACAAAAGAAGCGACAAGAUGCUGAAGUUGAAUUGGUUGUACAAUUGUCCGAUGGGACACGUGUGGAAGGCAAAUUCAAACCGAAUACAAUACUUUUGGACAUUAUAAAAGAGCUCAGUCCAAAUGAACUGACCGGUGACGAUCUUUGCGCCAUUUAUAUGCGGACAGAAGUGUCAAGCGACAAGUUGGGAAGUACAUCGUUGAAAGAUUUGGGAUUGAUUAGUGGCAGAGCAAUUAUUCGGCUCGUUCAUCGUGAUCCAAAUGCAGCGAAAAUGCAAGCAAAUGUUGCAUUGAAUCUAACAAAACCGAGCGAAGAAAAAGAUGAAAAACGAGAAAAUAAAGUGCGAAAAACGGACGAUUUAACAACGCCCAGCACCUCACAGUCAAUCAUAAAUGUUGUGAAAGAAGAGAAGAAGAAGGAACAAGUAACGGAAGACCAAAAAAUGGAGGAGGAAGUUGAUGAAGAAUUGGCCUCGAUCGAAGAGAAAAAACUCGAUCCACCAGUGGAAAAUAUGGAAGUUAAUUCACCGGCACCGCCAACUGCUAUCGAUGAAGAUGAAGACCCAGGCGAGAUAAAAAUUUUGGGCGAACGAAGUGCGGUAUUAUUCAUGCAAGAUGCAGCCAAUUCAGCUAACCUAAAUUUGCCGGACUCUUUCUAUGCAGUAAAUACAACUGACCUCAAAAUACUGAUUAAGGGUUUGAGAACAGAAGCAGAGGGUACCGUUGAACAACCGUUGAUGACCGCUAAACUCCGUGCAAUGGAAGAAGAACAGAAGCAAUUGUCCGCGUUAAAUAAGUACAAUAAGGCAAUCAUUCGCAUUCUGUUUCCGAAUCGCUAUGUUUUACAAGGAGUAUUCACACCAUAUGAAACCAUCGAAACGGUAAUUGAGUUUGUACGCUCAUAUUUAGCCAAUCAAAACAUCGAAUUUUACCUGUAUACAACCCCACCGAAAGAAAUAUUGCCCAAGGAAUCUCGGCUUUUUGAAGCUAAAUGUGUGCCAUCAAUCGUUCUACACUUUGGUUCCGAGGAAAAACAAUCGAAUUAUCUGAAAGAAGAGAUUUUGGAUAAGGUUUCAUCACCAAAAGCCGCGAUCAAUCAAGCAUUUUUAGAUCGAGGAAUCAAAAUGUCGUCGACCGUCGAGUCCAAUGAGGAAGACCAACCGUCAUCGUCACAGCAACCGCGUAGAUCAAAUGCAUUAUCGUUUAGUUCAUCUUCAACGGCUUCAACUUCUACGGAUGUUAAACUGCCCAAAUGGUUCAAACCAGCGGGAAAAUAGCUCCGAUUGGAAUAAAUAAAAUAAAACCACAUCCAUUUCACAGUGAUACAUUUUUUUGUUAUUGCAUUUCUUUUCAUUUGAAAUAAAAUCGAAUAAAAUUC